AUCCAAACUUCCGGUGCCUGCGGAGAAGCGAGCGGCUGUGGUACAGAUAGAGGCUGCACAGAGAGUGGCUGCACGGCCGGAGGCUGCAGGGCGGACGCGCGGCCCGGCGCAGCCAUGGUGAAGAUCAGCUUCCAGCCCGCGGUGGCCGGUAUCAAGGGCGACAAGGCCGACAAGGCUUCGGCCUCGGCCUCGGCCCCGGCGCCCGCCCCAGCCGCUGAGAUCCUGCUGACGCCGUCUCGGGAGGAGCGGCCCCCCUACCACCGCUACAAGAAGGGGAGCUCUGUGGGCGGCCUGUGCUACCUGUCGAUGGGCAUGGUCGUGCUGCUCAUGGGCCUGGUGUUCGCCUCUGUCUACAUCUACAGAUACUUCUUCCUCGCUCAGCUGGCCCGAGACAACUUCUUCCACUGCGGCGUCCUCUACGAGGACUCCCUGACCUCGCAGGCCCGCACCCGCAUGGAGCUGGAGGAGGACGUAAAGAUCUACCUCGAGGAGAACUACGAGCGCAUCAACGUGCCGGUGCCCCAGUUUGGGGGCGGUGACCCUGCAGACAUCAUCCACGACUUCCAGCGGGGUCUCACUGCCUAUCACGACAUCUCCCUGGACAAGUGCUAUGUCAUUGAGCUCAACACCACCAUCGUGCUGCCCCCUCGCAACUUCUGGGAGCUCCUCAUGAAUGUGAAGAGGGGUACCUACCUCCCACAGACGUACAUCAUCCAGGAGGAGAUGGUGGUCACGGAGCAUGUCAGUGACAAGGAGGCCCUGGGCUCCUUCAUCUACCACCUGUGCAGCGGGAAGGACACCUACCGGCUGCGGCGCAGGGCCACCCGGAGGCGGAUCAACAAGCGAGGGGCCAAGAACUGCAACGCCAUCCGCCACUUCGAGAACACCUUCGUGGUCGAGACGCUCAUCUGCGGGGUGGCGUGAAGCCCCGCCCCUCCCUCCAGGCCCCGCCCCUUCCCUCUUCCAUUUUCUCUUCUGGCCACUCUGGCCCUUCCCCUUGCUUAGCUUGUACUUUGGACGCCUUUCCAUAGAUGUGACGUGUCUUCCCGUUUCUCUCCAGCCCUGCCCGCCUCCCUGUACCAGAGCUGUGACCUCUCAAGGCCUCACCCUCUGCUGACCUCCUGAGUCUGGGGGAUGGAGGGGGCGCCCCAAGAUGGUUUCUGUGACCACCAUCUUGAGGUCAGGUCCCCGGGGGCCUGGCCCACAGCUGCACUGGCAGCCCAAGGGGGAGGACUGGAGGGAACGGCCAGGCAUGCUGGGGCUCUGGCGA